GUAACAACAACGUAAUAUAAAUGGUUGAAUGUAUUAUUGGCAUUCUUAACGAAGUCUUGGAAAAAGUUGGCUGGAAAACUGUUGCAGCGGAAGAAAUAUCUCGUAAAGAGCUAUGAAGAGAUACGCAAAAAUAAUCUCCCCACGCACCGCUGCAACGAACAGGCUUCCAACACCUCCAACUCGACUACCGUAGACUCAGAGCAGGGCAGACGUCACUUCCCCAGAGUCAGUCGCACGAAAGGCACGUGACCGCCCAAGCAGCGAUGACGAAAUUUGACGUUCCUUCACAGUCACGCGCUUUCUCUCUCGCCCGCCGCCUCCCUGUUGCCUCCACAACCGAGCCGUAAAUCCAUGCCAUCAUCCGAACGGCCCUCUGCUGUGCAUCUCCGUUGCCACAGCAACCAUGCUAGACCGUAAAUGAGAGCAGUCGUCAAAUCAAGACCUGCGGCUCUAACAGUACGUCGGGACUUUAGUGAGCCAGGUGGUUUCUUUCCGGUCGGGGUCCUGCCGACUUCAUAGAAGUUUCCUUGUUGUUUUCUGGGCCAUCGCGUGGGAGUGGUUUGCCACUCUCUUCCCCCGGGAUGUUUUCCGACUUCCCAUUCGCGACUGCAGGCCUGGGAUUCCCUAGUGGUCUUCUAUCCACGCACUAACUAGGCCCGACCUGUAUAGCUUCAGAGCCCAGCAAAGUCAGCCGGGUGUCCCAAGGAAGUGGCCAGAAGAAACGCCGCCUUUGAAGGUUAACCCUGCGCUAGACUCCUUCUGACGCACCCUUGGCAGCGUUUGCAGGGUGCACUGAGCCAUGUUUUACUCCAGAGCCCAGCCCCGCCUUCGGUCGUAGCUCGCGAACCCAGACAACGGGGCUUUCGGAACAGUUCCUUUAAUCUUGGGCACGGGUGUCUUGUGAACGCGAGCUCGGGGCCCGGGCGGGCUCACUGGAUCGGUCAAGAGAGCCGUCGGUGGGAAGCGGAGCGACUGAGCGGGAUCCUCCCUCCGCGAAGGGGACAAACGAAGCGGAACCCGCCUCGGUCAGCCUCGCACUACUCGGCGGGCUGUUCCCGCAGAGCUUCAAACUCAUCAGCCUCUUUCGAGAGAAGCGCCGCUUUGCUAUCUGGGCGGUGAACGAACGAGGAGCGGCUCCGCUUUAAGACUAAGAGUCCGGCGCAGGGAACGGGGUUCCCUUGCUUGAGAAACCGCUUUGAAAUCUGGUUGCGGGUGGGCUAUAAUCGCUGUCAGCUGCAGGAGUCCAUAAAGCAGAAACUGGGAGCAAGGGCUGCAGUCAGUCAUCUAAUCGUAAAGCCUUCGGUCCCGCGUUUUAGUACCUAGUCAUCCAUGUGCGGAGCGAAGACUCCUCUCUCUGAGAAAUCUGUGUGGAGUUCCUUUCCUUAUUUACCAAGAGUAGGAGGUACCUGCAGGAGCCCAUUUAUAAUCACUGUUUGAAUUAAGUUCUCUGCUGGAAACCAUAAAGGUUCUUUCUUAACUGUUCUAAACAAGAGAACGAAAAAAUGCAUGCUUGUGUGUGUGUGUGGUGUUAUUACUUUCACCUCAGUUGGCUUGUGGUCUGUGUAAAAGAACUUGUGCAAGUGUUUUUUUUUUCCUUUCCCAUUUUGCUUUUGAGUGAAAGGUUAUAAAAAGUGCCAGAGCAGAAAGCAGCAUCUAGCAGACACUGGCCAUUCCUCCCCACCUCCAGAAAUGCUAAGCAUGAUCAAACCUGUCCCCACUGUAGUGCUAAAGCACCAGGUGCAACCCUUGGUUCCAAAAGUGCACCCUGGAACGAGAACAAAUAGUCUGACAUGAGGUACUUUCACUGAAAGAGAAAGAUAAAACAAAAUGGCAGAAGCAAUUUUUCAUCCUCCAAGAAGGAAAAGAAAAGUAUAUGAAUCAUAUGAUUCUCCAUUCCCUGUUUCACCCUCCGUAGAAGGCAGUCAUGGAAGAGUUUAUAAAAUGUGCCAGGCUGAAUUUAUAAAUAACAAUGUAAUUGUGAAGAAUCCUGAAGAUAUAGAACAGCUAUAUAGCAAGGGAUUUUUUGGAAAAGGUAUUCUUUCAAGAAGUCGGCCAGAAUAUAGUAUUUCAGAUCCUAUAUUGGCUGCUAAGUGGAAAGAUGCUAAGUUAAACAUGCCAAUAGUUUCAUCAAAAAAGUACCAAUGUUGUAUUGAAUGGGCUAAAAAUCUUCUGUCAGAACAGGGAAUGGAUGACUCCACAAUUAAUACAAUCAUUCAAAAUUACACUAAACAAAUUAAUCUGAGAAUAGAAACUGGAGAAAGUAAUGGAUUUCAAGGUGAAGGAACGCGUAAAAUGGAAGCCAAUAAAGAAGAACCAAAGCUUUUAAUGACUUCAUCUGAAGUUAAUGGGAAUAACAUAAUGUGUUUUAAAGAUGAUUCAGUUUGUGAUCCAUUAGUCAAAUAUGACUCUAGUGAAUCAGACAUAACAGACUCUAAAAUUGUAACUAAGACUCAUUCAGCACAACAGCGUCCUCUCAAUAUAUAUGACAGCUGCAGAGAAGACAAUUAUAUUGAACCAGAAUCUUAUUGUUUCAUUAAUAAUGAAUAUAAGCAUGAGCUUGUACUAAUACAAGAAGAAGAAUCAAAUCUGAGUUUGGAAGAGGAAACAAGUGAGGAACUGCAUUUAAUUAAAAAAACAAAAUUAGUAUGCAGAAGAAAUCCUUUCAGGAUUUUUGAAUAUCUGCAACUCAGUCUAGAAGAGGCUUUUUUCUUGGUCUAUGCUCUGGGAUGUUUAAAUAUUUAUUGCAAUGAGGUACCUUUAUCUAUCCUGAAGCUAUGGGACCUUUUUAGCAAAGGACAACCCAAUUUUAAGGCUACAUACAUGGCUUAUCAUUACUUCCGCAGUAAAGGAUGGGUCCCUAAAGUUGGCUUGAAAUAUGGAACUGAUUUGUUGCUAUAUCGAAAAGGCCCUCCUUUUUACCAUGCCAGCUAUUCUGUGAUUGCCGAAUUAGUUAAUGAAGAUUUUGAUGGACCACUGCACAGACCAUUCAGCUGGAAAUCUUUGUCUGGACUGAACAGAACUACAGCAAAUGUUUCUAAGGAACUCAUGUUCUGCUAUUUGAUUAAGCCAUCUGAUAUGAAUGAAAAAGAAAUGCUUUCACCUGAAUGUCUCAAAAGAAUGAAAGUUCAGGAAUUAAUUCUAAAUCGCUGGGUUUCAUCCUGUGAACGCAGUGAACAAGAAGAGCUGUGAAAACUGGAAUCAGAAAAUUGAGUAAUAUUGAGUAAUAGAGUUGCAGUAAACUAAAUUGUAACUAUUCCUCCUUCUAGCAUGUUUAUAUUAAGUGUAUAUAAUACGCAGCACUAUAAGUUUGAUUUUUAAAAAACUCAAAUAGAUGGUGACAGUUAUUAUUUGACAAUGUCUUACAUAAGCAGAAAAAACAUUACAAGUCUCUUCUCAGCUGAGCAUGUUCUGUGACUAUUAGCCUAAUACUUGUAGAGAUAAUUAACUUCUACUAUAGUCUUAGCUCCAGAACGUUGUUCUAGUGACGCCACUGCUUACCGAAAUUGUGUUUUCACCACAGAUAAAAUUGGUUUUUCCUGCUACAAUGAUUUAUUCUUAUAUAUGUAUGUAGGAGCUGGCUUAGUUCAAUUAAAAUUAAACCAAAAAAAUACAAUAUUUUUUUUACUUCUGUCAACCAAGAUUUUUGCCACAAUGUAUUAAACAUUAGGCACAAAUAAAAGUACAUUUUUCUU